AUGGCCACCGAAUUGCCUAGCAGCCAGAAUCCCAAUGAUGCCGCGCUGAAGGCGGCAAUGAAGGGCUUUGACCAUCUGUUCUCCAAUGACAUUGUUGGUGCUAGAAAGGAAUUUGCAGCAGACCAUACUCCAUUUCAUUGGAUGGGGUUAGGUGCAUGCGCCUUCUUGCAAGCGGCGUUGGGCAUGGAAGCAUCUCUCAUGGCCGAGGCUACCCACUGCUUAACCAAAGCAGAGGCCGAAUCCAAGACCUUGCUGAGAUCGGCGGGGAGCUCAUCUUCUUCAAGAUUUCCACAGGGAACUGAAUGGGAAAUACUGAAUGCUGAUGCCGUCGUGUUACUUGGUCUCACUCAUGCCUUAAGUGAAUCCUACAUGGGUUAUCUGCAAUGCUUGUAUUCGCUAAACAGCGCGCAUGGAAAGUUUACCAAAUUAUACAAGACUGUUUUCCCAACCGGACUGGAUCAUUACUCAACACCUGCUACAACCCCCGCAAUAUCUCGAAAUGCCUCGAAUCCUAAUCUUGCAGUCCCAACACAACGGUCUAGCUUCUUUGGGCGGUGGGCGCGUCCUGUUGGCUCGUUGCUGAGUGUUCCUUCGUCUCCAUCUGCCGCCGGCGCGAGUCUGCCCUUGGACGGCCCAGUCGAGGAGUUGAUCGUCUCUGGCACGGCUUUCGGCUACGGUCUUUUCAAUCUUGUAUUUUCGCUUCUUCCCAAGAAGAUUCAGAGUGUUGUUGGGUUCUUUGGCUUCAAACACGAUCGAAAGCUGGCUCUCCAGGCUUUGGCCGUGGCAGCUGCGAAGUCAGACGUUCAUUCAGUCUUUGCUGGUUUAGUGCUGAUGACGUAUUACGGCGUCGUCUUGUUAAUGUCAGGUUAUCAAGCCGAUGAAGCCCACAUCGUCAAGCAAUAUCGGGCAAUAGUUGGCAAGAUCGAAUCCAAAUACCCAACCGGGGCUCUGUGGAUCUUGAAUCGAGCUAAGAUUCUCCGUAUGACCCACGACCCCCAAGCUGCAAUCCAUGUGUUACAAGAGGGAUUGGGACCCGAUCGAGAGUUUUCUUUCGUACAGGCUGAUACAUUGCUUGUAUUUGAAUUAGCCUGGACACUUCUAAGUCAACGCCGUUAUCAAGAGGCCGCUGAUAUGUUCAUCAAGUUGACUGAACUAAACAGCUGGAGUCAAGCUACUUACUACUUCAUCGCUGCUGGAAAUCGCGCUAAAGCGCAGUCCCUUUUCGACGCAAUACCUGACCUGGUCAAUCAGAGGAAGAUUAACGGAAAGGAUCUCCCUACCGAAGUCCUGAUCAAGAAGAAGCUCGAAUUUUAUAAAGCCAAACAGGCCCGACGAGGCGGUCCUGUCGAGUCUUUCGUUGACGCUAUUGCCAUCAGUCCUGCAGAAGUUUGGAACAAUCAUGCUCGCAUUGAGAACGACAUCGCACAUGCCCACAUCCUUGAAUGGGCUUCUCUAUCUCCACCCGUCUCUAUUGACAGUCCACACAUCCAAACCAACGUCGAAGUCAAGGGCACAGCUGUGGACCUUGAUACGCCCGAUGAACUCGCUCUCCGAUCCCUUCUACUAGGUGUUACCCAUCGUACGGUUCAGGAAUUUAAGUCGGCCCGCGAAUUUCUCGUCGACGCGCAUGGCAGACGCAACGAAAUGAUAAUAAGCACAUGGAUUCCCGGGGUCGCCAUGUUCGAGCUAGCCGUUUUGGAUCUGAAGGAACUCGAAGCUAGGGAGAAGGUUGAUACAGAGGACCCCGCGGUGUUGCGUAGCGCAUGGAGCACGGCCUUGGAUAGCGCUAUUGUCAAGUUGGAUCAAGCGUAUGCUUUGGCGCCUACGAACGUCGACUUGUCAUCAAGACUGGACACCCGAAUCGCAAUGUUGCGAGAUGAAAUAGGGCUCAAAAGGGAGAAGCUUGGACUACAUUAA